UGAUGACAUUAUGGAAUCUCUGGAAAAUGUAUGUUCAAGAUGUCGCUAUCUGGAUGCCAAGAAUCAAGUUGAUCAAGAGGAAUUAUUCUCUAUGAAAGCAACACAAGAACAAUGUGAGAUGCUAGAGAAAGAGAACAUGAAGUUGGAAAAAGAAUUUUGGGACCUCAAAAACCAUAUGCAACAGAUGGUAGAUCUUGGUGAAAUUAAAAUGUAUGAGGACGACAUUGAAGAAAGAGCAACACAGGAUGUUGUAGAAAAAAUAAAAGAAGUCAAUCUAUUUUUGCAGUCACAAGCGGCAUCUGAAGAAUACAUAGAACAGAUAAAAGAGGAUCAUGUGGCUUCAAUAAGGAGUCAGACAGAAGUGACAAUUAAAAAUCUGGAAUCUGAAAUCUCCAACAUGAAAUUUUCUCAAGGAGAAGUGGAAAAGUAUAACCCCCUGUAUCAAGGAGAAUUAAAAGCUGGGGAAUAUUUGUUGAAGAAAGCAAAAAAUUUUCGCAGAACUCCUGAGUGACUAGCAGCGUCCAGUCGCAAUCUUGUUGAGGAGACACAGGCGACUGGAACUUGCUUUCCCACUCGAGCUAUGAAGACAGGCACCUUCUUCUAUGAAGAAUCACCUUCUGUUGGAACUGUUCAUAAUGGCUUAGGUCUUCACAGAGAGCUUUCUUCAAGAGAAAACUCAAUGUUCUUUUCCUCAUUCCCAUGGACUUCAGAUGCCAACGUGGAGACCUACUUGACUGAGAUGACACACAAGUUGGAACAAAAUAUAAGUAUGGAACUACAAGAAGGUCUUGCUGAAUUAGAAUCUGGAUGCUCUUCUCUAGAAAAGCUUCUCCUCUAGGAUCCACUGAUGAGGCAGAUAUAAAUCAAGAUAUACUUUGGACAGCAUCAUCACAAUAUGUACCAUUUUUGAAAAAUUCUAUGAUCUGAAAGACUUUUAAGUGGAUCUUGCAAAUAAAAAGCAGUUUUACCUCCUUA